AACAAGGUCACUAAGGAUCUCAGCGAAGAGGAUCUCAUCACUCUUAGAGAUGAAGUCUCCAAAUACGUCAUUGAAGGCGAUUUGAGGAGGUUUAAUGCGCUGAAUAUAAGGAGAUUGAAGGAGAUUCAAUGUUACAGAGGAUAGGUAGAUAGGUAAGUUUGCUGAAGAAGGCAAACGAAAUAUCAGUGCUAUGCGUUGCCGAAGUCGCACUCAUCAUCUUCUCUACCAAAGGCAAGCUCUUCGAAUAUUCCAGCGAUCCCUGCAGCAGAGAAAGAAGAAGAACAACUCGAGCAUGGCACAAACGCUAGCGAUGCCUAUAGCUCCCUCUCUCGCCCUAAUCUCAAACCCUAGACCUCUUUCCAGAGCCGUCUAUUUCCCUGUUCUCAACCCUCCCAAGGUGAGAGAGUUAAGCAUAGAGUGCGCUCGAGUUGGCGGAGUGGAGAUUCUGAACAACAAGAAAAUUGAGUUCUCGCUACAGUACAUCCAUGGAAUCGGAAGGAGCAGAGCUCGCAAGAUUCUCUGCGAUAUAAGCAUGGACAACAAGGUCACUAAGGAUCUCAGCGAAGAGGAUCUCAUCACUCUUAGAGAUGAAGUCUCCAAAUACGUCAUUGAAGGCGAUUUGGUUAGAGUAUUUUUAUAGAAUACGGAUUGAAUCAAGAUGAAGAAGCAAGAACAGAGUUGAGACCAGUAGAUGUGUGGAUACUGACUGACAAGCCUUACUCUCAUCAAUCCAUUCAUUCGGGUUCAUGGAAAAGGAUGCUGGGAACAAAUUUUUUUUGGUCUGAUUUGUCAGAUUCAUUUAAAGAUCGGUGGUAGUUCUCAAGAG